AUGACAUCCACCAGCGACACCAAGGAGGCAGUGGAGGUCGUGAAUGGAAGGCCUCUUCAGCUUGUGACCAUCAAAAUGGCUGACAAUGAGGUCCGUGUGAACGAUGAGGCAAUGGAGGAGCUCACCAAUAACUUGGUGGCGACUGGCUGUGAUAAGAUAUCCGUGGUAUCUAUCAUGGGAGCAUAUCGCACAGGGAAGAGUUUUAUGCUGGAUUUGUUCUUACGAUACCUUCGCUACACUGAUGAUAAGGAGGACAGCGACUACCCUUUGGGUCAUAGUGCUGCGCUUAAUGCAAGGAGGAGCAGCAGUUUGGACGAUAAAUUCAAGGCGCCAGGAUGGCUCGUUGCUCAGGGUGACUCUCUGCAAGAAGGACAGCAGGCAACAGACUCCCAUGGCUUCCAUUGGAGACCUGGAAUGGACAAGUGUACCGAGGGUAUCUGGGUGUGGUCUGUACCUUUCGUGAGACAACUCAAUUCUGGAGAGAAAGUAGCAUUGGUGCUGAUGGACACACAAGGCGCUUGGGACUCUAAGAUGACGAAGGAGCAGUCGGCUACUGUGUUUGGUCUCACAGCUGUGCUGUCCAGUAAGCAGAUCUACAACACAUCCAAGCAAAUUCAGGAGGAUAAGGUGGAAAAUCUUCAUUUUUUUAUGGAAGUGGCAUCGGCUGCAUUGCGUGUAUCGGGCGAUGAAGGGGCUCAGCGAGGGAAGCCUUUCCAAUGCUUAGAGUUCCUGGUCCGAGACUGGGCUAACUUUGAUGAUGAUAUGUCUGUUAAGGACUGCCUAGCCCAGAUGAAGGAGCAUCUAAAUCAACAUAUGGAUGAGCAUAGAGUUCGUGACGACUCCACAGCAGUGGCGCUGAACAAAAUGUUCGAGAGUGUUUCGUGCUUCUGUCUACCGCAUCCUGGCUUGAGGAUCCAGAAGAAGGGGUGGUCGGGAAGACUUGCCGACAUCGAUCAUGAUUUCAUAAGGUUCCUUGACCUCUAUGUUCGAUCGGUUUUCACUGAUCCCCAUCUCCACGCUAAAACCAUCCUCGGCAAGCCUCUCUCCCCUCAAACCUUCGGCCCUGUUGUCAAGGCCUUCGUUGAGGCAUUUGCUAAUGCUGUACCGGCUGCUGCUACCUUCACCCAGGCUAUGGCCAGGAGUAGCAACCUCUUGGGUAAGGAGCAGGCUAUCAACACCUAUAAGUCGGAUAUGGAGGCAGCUAUUGGUCCGAAGACUGGCAGUGGUAUCAAACCAGAUCAGCUCGAGCGUGCGGCCAUGAGAGCGAGGACCAUGGCAUUGCAGAGCUUUUCUAAGCAGACACUGUUUGGACCUGAUGAGGAGAGGGAGAAGACGAAAGAUGAACUCGUUAAGGAAAUCGACGGUCUUCUCGACUAUUAUAAGGAGGAGAAUCAGCAUCGUAUGGAGAAGUCCCUUGCAGCAUUCGCUGGUGUGACGGUAUUGGUUAUUGUACUCUAUCUGAUGGACAAGUUCUCUGACUUUGCCUGUGAUUGGUACUCUGAUACGUGCGUGAGAUUCUCCAAUGUUCUUUUCUCGAUCUACUUCACGAUUAUCGUCGUCAUCGGAGUGAAUGUCUUCCUAUUGUACCGAGACCGUGGCCAGGUUGCGGCUGCUUCGGCGCUGUUGGAAAUGGUCAAGGCAUCGAUCAAUCUUGGCCUGGGGUACGCAGAGAAGGUCCGAGAAAAUCCCGAUAAGCAGCACCUAGUGGCAGUGGCUCGCAGCUUUGCCAGUGACUGCUCUGCUGGCCUCAGACCAGUCUACCAUAAAGUGAUAGACGUUAUACAACCAUCAGCGUUGCACCAUACAGCAGAUCUUCCAACACUUCAUAAAGAGGACUCGGGAAUUGAAAUGACCGACGUGAAACCAAGUGAUGCUGAGAAGGCCCGAAGACGUCACAAGCGCUCGGAGUGA